AAUACUAACUUCGUUUUAUUUAUUCUUUUACAGAACCUACUGCUUCACAAUGAAAGCUUUUCAAACCAUUCUUGUCGCUGUCUUCAUGGCAGGUCUCACUGUUGCAGACGACACGAGUAAUUGUAAACAAAACUUGCAGGGCUGUGCGUUUCCUAUGCUUAUUAGAUUGGACCAUCACAUGGAUACAGUGGAAACGUUCCUUUCCUUUGUCCAAUCCACCACUGUGGAUGAAGUAUGCACAUGGAUAUUUGAGCCCGUAGCGGAAUGUUUUGGUGACGCUCUUAACACCACUGUCUGUAGAUCUGUUGGAAGGGAUCUUGAUAUGGCCCGAGUCGCGGGCGAUAUGCGAGCUGUGAUUACCUACAGUUGCAGUCCUGAAGGACGCUCAGUUGUGGAAUCGAUGCAACAGUCUGUAUGUCUCCGCGAUGCUCCUGGAUUCUGGUCCGUGUAUGACCUAUUGGAAAAGUGUGACGAUGCGAUGACCGCUCAACUGGAGCCUAGCUCGGACGAGGGUAGCUUGCCGGGACCCACACCCGGUCCUGAUGUCGUGUGCCCGAUAGUUGCCCAGACGAAAAGUUGCAUGGUGGACGGAGUUGGUUCCCUUUGUGGAGAGGCAUCUGAAGAGUUUUUCAGACAGAUCUGGACGCCUUUGAGCAAUUCAAUGACAGGACAAACUGACUGUGGUGAAGGGCUCCGAAGAGCAAGUGAGAAUGAGUACCUGGCCAUAGACUGCGAAAGAUUUUGUCCGUAUGCUAGUGGCAGCUUGCACUGA